GGGGCGUGACGGAGUCGGUUUGGAAAUGCAGCGGGAUCUGGUGAGCUUUCCGCUGUCCCCGGCCGUGCGCGUGAAGCUGGUGGCCGCGGGCUUCCAGACCGCGGAGGAGCUGCUGGGAGUGAAGCCCUCGGAGCUCAGCAAAGAAGUUGGGAUAUCUAAAGAGGAAGCCUUAGAAACUCUGCAGAUUUUAAGAAGAGAAUGUCUCACAAAUAAACCAAGAUAUGCUGGUACAUCUGAGUCAGGCAAGAAGUGUACAGCGCUGGAACUUCUUGAGCAGGAGCAUACCCAGAGCUUCAUAAUCACCUUCUGUUCAGCAGUAGAUAAUAUUCUUGGGGGUGGAAUACCCUUAAUGAAAACAACGGAAAUUUGUGGUGCACCAGGUGUUGGAAAAACACAGUUAUGCAUGCAGGCGGCAGUGGACGUGCAGAUACCGGAAUGUUUUGGAGGAGUGGCAGGUGAAGCAAUUUUUAUUGAUACGGAGGGAAGUUUUAUGGUUGAGAGAGUGGUAGAACUUGCUACUGCCUGCAUUCAACAUCUUCAUUUAAUAGCAGGAACACAAAUGGAAGAAGAACAUCAAAAAGCUUUGGAAGAUUUCACUCUUGAAAAUAUUCUUUCCCAUAUUUAUUAUUUUCGGUGUUGUGAUUACACGGAGCUAUUGGCACAAAUUUAUCUCCUUCCAGAUUUCCUUUCAGAACACUCAAAGGUUCGGUUAGUGAUCGUAGAUGGCAUUGCUUUUCCUUUUCGUCAUGACCUUGACGACCUCUCUCUUCGUACUCGAUUACUAAACGGCCUGUCCCAGCAAAUGAUCAGCCUUGCAAAUAACUACAAAUUAGCUGUAAUUCUAACCAAUCAGAUGACAACAAAGAUAGAUAAAAAUCAGGCCUUGCUCGUUCCUGCAUUAGGAGAAAGUUGGGGACAUGCUGCUACAAUACGGCUAAUCUUUCAUUGGGAUCAAAAUCGAAGGUUGGCAACAUUGUACAAAUCACCGAGUCAGAAGGAAAAUACAGUGCAGUUUGAAAUCACACCUCAGGGAUUUAGAGAUGCUGUUGCUACUGCACGUUCACUGACAACAGAAAGUUCACGCAGUUCACGGAAACGGUCACGAGAACCAGGGGAAGAACAGUAACCCAGAAGCUAAUCUCAAAAAGAAUGGAUUGAUGCUGCGAAAUUCACUUUGCACAAGUAACAGACUCAUUAUUUUUAAAUAGAAGCACAUACUGUGGCAUCAAUGAAUCAAAAUUAUCUAAAGUGAAUGGGAAAAAGAGCAAAGAAAUAGGAGUUUGAAAAGUUUUAUGAAAAAUAAGUUUUAUAAGGCAGUGUUUUAUAUUUUUCUGUUGACAUUUUUGGUAACAGUAGAGAAGAUGUAAAUAUUGUAUUUGGUGGCUUAUUUCAUUGGCUACUCUCAGUUUCUUAUUCAGACCUUUUCCUUCUCUUCCUAGUUACCGAGAACAUUCCAGAAAAAACUAUUUUCAUAUUUUUGUUGUAUUCUUUGUAAAUGUAGACUUAAUAGUUCUAAACAUAAAAUUACCUAUUUGUAAUAUUGCAAAGAGAAACCAGCGCUGUCAGUGUGUCCUGUUCAGUUUUGUGGGUAGAAUAUUUUUUGACGCCCACAGUGAUUUUAGUGGACCUCAAUACAAAUCUGUUAAGACGUUACUUUAAUUUUUUAUGUUAUUUUGUAAUAUUAAAGAGAGAACUUUGAAAGUGUAAUAUAGAAGUUAUUUGGAAUGUAUAUCUUCCAGAAUAGUCACAUUGACAAUUAUUUAUUUCUGCAUUUUUGAAACAUAGUGGAGUACAUUCUAGACUUGAUAUUUUCUUUGGAAAUGUGUUGACAUUUUUUCUUUGAAAACCUUUUUUUCUGGUUAAAUAAAUUGAAAAUUU